CAUAUAUAAAUAUGGAAUUUACACACCGACUCCAAAACCAUUAGCCCUCAUCUGUCUCUCUCUCUCUCCCUCUCCUUCUCUCUUCUUGUACUUAUCUCUCCGACUCUCUCUCGGUUAUGGAUUGUGUUUGUUGAUAAAUUGAUAUAUAGAGAUAAUAUUCUGUGUAACUCCUGAAUUGAUUCAAGAAACGAAGAUGGUGGAUCUUCAAACUGUUUGCUGCAUGUGUGGUGACGUGGGUUUUCCUGACAAGCUCUUCCGCUGCAACAAUUGCCGCGAUCGCUUUCAACACUCGUAUUGUAGUAACUAUUAUAGAGAGUAUGCGGAGCCAAUUGAACUGUGCGAUUGGUGCCGAAGUGAUCAAGAGAGGAGCACAACAAGGCACGGUAGCUCUUCCAAGAAAUCAAGCAUGGUGACCAGAGGAGGAAUCGAGACUGGAGGUGCCUCGAGCCGGUCAGAAUACUCCGGGGAUCACAAGAUCAAGCAACACGAUCAUCAACAAGAAGGUGGUAGCAGUGAAAAAGCUAACACCAAGAACCAUCCUAGCAGCGGCGCGCCAUCACCAAGAACCACUACGCGCAGGUACAAGCUUCUCAAGGAUGUCAUGUAUUAAAGACUAUCUAAAGAGUGUGAGUGAUUAUACAAGGCUUAUUAAACUAGAGGGCUUUAUGUGUUUAUAGAAGCAAAUUAUGCUAAUUAUGUAUCGUAGUUAGUACUUAUACUAUCCAUCCGGAGAGUGUUCAUAUUGUUUUAUUUUAUUUUGUUUUUUUUGGGUUC